UGAUGGCAACAGAACACAAACCAAGAAAAUAUUUAAAAUCAACUCUGGUGGUAGUGUACAAGUUUAAGUCUCCUCUUUAAUACCUUAUGUAGUUUUACAGGGGUUAGGUAUGCGCCUCUCCCCCGCGGCCGCUCUGUGCUGGCGGCCCUGCCAAGUCAGUUUGAAAAGAUCAGACAAAGGCAGCAGGAAGCCCCUCGGCUUGGCAAUGAGCGCGAGCGGAGCACAAACGGAAAACGAAACCUCACUAUUUUAUCUGAUAGCGGUUUGAAGACGCGAUCGAAUCGGACUGAAUUGAUUUUCUCCCGAGGUUUGUCACAGAUUUAAACAUCUUUUGAAAAUGUACGACCGCCUGGAUCCCCGGGUCGAGCGAAGACUAUUACCCAAGAGCCAAACGGGCAGCAGCGCUGCCUGACCGCCAGCGUUUCCCCCGGAUCAAGCGUCUUUUCUGGGGUCUUUUUCCCCGUUUGAACACACACUGCGCCACCGAACGGAUCACGUGGGACGGAGUUGAUCGAUUUACACAGUUAAAUGUAAGGAGAAAGCGAGUUGGUGGGGUUUAAAAGCCUUUUUCUCCUGAGGGGACUGUGUUCCGCGUUGGUGACCGUUGGUGGGGGUUUGCCGCCGUUUGUUUUCUAAAAGUGCACACGCGGAAGAUGGAGACGCACAUCUCGUGCCUCUUUCCGGAGAUAUUAGCCAUGAUUUUCAGCUACUUGGACGUGAGGGACAAAGGCAGGGUGGCCCAGGUGUGCACGGCGUGGAGGGACGCGUCCUACCACAAGUCCGUAUGGAGGGGGGUGGAAGCCAAGCUGCAUCUGAGACGGGCGAACCCGUCCCUGUUUCCCAGCCUGCAGGCGCGGGGCAUCAGGCGGGUGCAGAUCCUCAGCCUGCGGCGCAGCCUCAGCUACGUGAUCCAGGGGAUGCCCAACAUCGAGAGCUUGAAUCUGAGCGGCUGCUAUAACUUAACGGAUAACGGCCUGGGUCACGCGUUCGUACAGGAGAUCCCGUCUCUGCGAGUGCUCAAUCUGAGCCUUUGCAAACAGAUAACGGAUUCCAGUUUGGGCAGAAUAGCCCAGUAUCUAAAAAACUUGGAAGUGCUGGAACUGGGCGGCUGCAGCAACAUCACAAACACUGGUUUGUUACUCAUCGCGUGGGGUUUGCACAGACUCAAAAGUCUUAACCUGAGGAGCUGCCGGCAUGUGUCAGAUGUGGGCAUCGGUCAUUUAGCCGGCAUGACCCGGAGUGCGGCGGAGGGCUGCCUCAAUCUGGAAUACCUGACCCUCCAGGACUGUCAAAAGUUGACGGAUUUGUCCCUCAAGCACAUCUCUAAGGGCCUGUCCAAGCUCAAAGUGCUCAACCUGAGUUUCUGCGGUGGGAUCUCGGACGCCGGCAUGAUCCACCUCUCGCACAUGACGAGUCUAUGGAGCCUUAAUUUGCGUUCGUGCGACAAUAUCAGCGACACCGGCAUCAUGCACCUCGCCAUGGGCACGCUGAGGCUUUCCGGGCUCGACGUGUCUUUUUGCGAUAAAAUAGGGGAUCAGAGUUUGGCUUACAUUGCCCAGGGCCUGUACCAGCUCAAGUCUCUGUCUCUGUGCUCGUGCCACAUCAGCGACGAUGGCAUCAACAGGAUGGUGCGCCAGAUGCACGAGCUGAGGACGCUGAACAUUGGCCAAUGCGUGCGGAUUACAGACAAAGGACUCGAGCUCAUCGCCGAUCACUUGACUCAGCUGACCGGAAUCGAUCUGUAUGGAUGUACGAAAAUCACUAAGAGGGGACUGGAGAGGAUCACGCAGCUCCCCUGCCUUAAAGUUUUAAACCUGGGCCUUUGGCAGAUGACUGAAAGCGAGAAAGUGAGGUGAAACUCGGCGAGAUUCUGGAGGGAGAGGGAAUUUUGGGAAGGGAGGGGGGUUGUGGAGGAGGAGGUGGGGAGUUUUAUUUUUUAAACAAAAAAAUCCAACAUUUACACGUUCAUAGUCGAGUUCAAUAGAGCGAGGCUAAGAAAAACAACGUCUUAUGCAUUGGCAACAAUGUUGAUACAUGUGUCAGUUAUUGUUGCUAUUAUUAUCAUUAUUAACAGCCCAGUCAGUCAGUGUAAGAACACUAAAAAGUUAUGUUUACGCAACAAAUCGCAAUAUUAAACCUCCUCCUCGUUAAAUAUCCGAUAUUUUGGCUACCUCGUUAGAUGUAUUAUCUCUUGUUAUUCUUAAGAAGAAUGAAUAAUUGUGCCUAGAAGAAAACAGCCCCCUCCCCCCAUUAUCUCGUCUUUGGCUUGGGAAAAGCAAAAAGACUGAAAGAAUGGAUGGAUUCAAACUACCUUUGUUAAUUUCCCUUCAAAUAGCCAACAAAAGGAGUUUUAAGUAAAUAUUGGCUCGGCUCAAAACGAGUUUAUGCAAAGACAGAUGAAGAUACCGGGUUUGUACACUACCCUUUUUUAUAUUUCGAAUCUCUUAGUUUUGAUUUUAGCUCAAUUUUACAGGCCCGAAAGCCUUUAAUUCCUGCUUUGAAGGAGAAAAGAGGUUCUGCUGAUGUAUUUAUGCUUAUGCAAGCAGAUAUUGUUUAAUUCAUGGCUGUUAUUCAGAGCGUUGUACUUCAAAUUGAAGUGAAUUUUGGCCCAGAAAAAAACCCUCCUGUUUGCAAUUCACUGACACCUUGUUUGCCUUUUCAAGGCUAUAACAACAAUCUUAAACAGUUUUAAAUUAAUUAAUAUUCAACGUUACAUAUAAAGUACAUGUUUGAAACGAGAAGCAAUCGAUUGUUUUUCUCGGGUAACACGCAAAAUGUGUGUCAGGCCUAUAUGUGUAACAUGAUGUAUCGACCUGCAACAUGUAUUGAGUCCUGCUGAGAAGCUACUGUGUUUUAAUGUACUGUAAAUGUAUUUGUAAAAAAGAAUCCCGAAUUAAGAUGUUUUAUAUUCUUACAGUAAAAAAAAACAUUAAAGUUGAUAUUUAUAUAAAUAAACAAAGGAGCCAUGUGGAA